AUGCCGCGCUUGCAGACAGUGUCCACGUCCGGAGCUGCCAUGAGCUCGCCGCCUUCGAAGUUGCCGGCAUCACGGAACGCACCGGCGCCUCCCUUCUCGGCAUCGUCACUGUUGCCGACGUCUGGGAAUUCGUCUGUGCCAGUGGACCCAGCGUCAACACUGUCGCCGGCGUCACAGAACCUGCCAAUGGCACCGGGCUCGGUGUCACCAUUGCCAGCUACGUCACCGACCGCGCUGCUGCCACUGUCGCCGACGUCACGGAACUUGCUGGUGUCAUUGGAACCGGUGUCAUCAGUGUCGUUAACGUCACGAAACUUAGUGGUACCUUCGGACUCAGCGUCAGCACUGUUGCCGACGUCACGGAACUCACUAAUGCCGCCGGGCUCAGUGUCGUCACAGUCGCCCACGUCACUGCAGAACUCGCUGGUACCGCCGUCGCUAAUGUCGCUGACGUCACGGAACUUUCCCAUGCCACCAGACUCGGUGUCAUCACUGUUGCCGACGUCGCGGAACUCACCAAUGCCGCCGGGGUCGGCGUCGCCGACGUCACUGCAGAACUCUCCGGUGCCGCCGUCGAUAAUGUCGCUGACGUCACAGAACUUGGAUGUGCCGCCGGGUUCGGUGUCGUCGCCGUUGCCGACGUCACGGAACUCACCGAUGGCGCUUGGCUCGGAAUCGCCACUGUUGAAGGUGCCACAGAACUCACGUGUGACUCCGUGCUCGUCGUCGACACCGUCGCCGGUGACGAGUGCGGCACCGGCACCACCAGCCUCGAAGCCGUCACCGUUGCAUAUGCCGUGGGACUGGCCGGUGUCGCGGGCUUCUGCGUCGCCACUACUGGGGAGCGUUCCUAGCUCGCCGGGGACGCCGAGCUCAGCCAAGUUUAGCAUCAGGCAGGGCAGCGUCUACUCGAUGAGGACGUCCUUGCAAAGCCAGACCGAUUCCGAGCGUUCGAUGGACGCCAAGGCCAACCGUGAGCUUUGAAUGCA